CCGCGACGAUGAUUAGAAUAUACGAAAUACAAAUUACUGUACUGAUGACUACAGAGUAUGGUCUUUACGGACCACGGACCGUUGUAAACUAAAAUUUACCGCGUACCUACUAUAUUUACUUUCACAAUUAAUACUUAUUAAUACACGAGUAUUGAUUAUUAAGUAUCAUAAUAUGAUUUUGCAUUAAAUUAUUUUUAAAAAUUACUUAUUAGUAGAGCUGUAUCUAUUUUAUUUUACCAUAAUAACCUACAAACACUGUUUCAGCGUGACGUUACCAUUUAGUAAGUGAAUUUUAUAUGAUUAAGUGCAAUGGACCUGAUGCAAUGUUACAUAUCAACAAACCGGAUCGCACUUCAAGCCAAAUCUACGGAUCCGUUAACCUGGCAAAAUAUGCACACAUUGUUACCACAGUUACAUAAACAUUUAUCUUGUCAGGUAUGCCAUAAAUUAAUCGAUCGAAUGAAUCCUCAUUUGGAUGGGUACGCAUGUUCAGAGUGUGUAAAUCAUCAAAUAACAGAAAAUACAUCUAGCAUAAUAUUACAAUGCUACAAGAAGCUGUGUGCUUAUAUUCAUAGCUCGCCUGUGUACAAAGUGAUGUGCACAAGAGUCGAAGAUAAACAGUUAGUCGAAAUACUAACUGAAGUUAUUGGUCUUUCUCGAUCAGUUAAUGGAUAUAGUGGAAUGACUAAUGGUACAUUGAUAAAACAAGAAACAAAAGAAGUGGAUAAUAAAGAUAACAAUUUAUUAAUCUCGUCGUCAGAUGUUCAACUGCCCAUUGAAAACCAAACACCAAAGGAUUAUACUAAUUUACAAUUAUUUGAUGUACAAUCUCUGAAUUCAAAACCAGAAUUCAAUAAUAUUCCUAAAAAAAAGAAAAAUGAACGUCGUUGGGGCUGCCGUUGUGGUAAUGCUACAACUACUCCUGGCAAACUAACAUGCUUUGGACAAAGAUGUCCUUGUUAUACUGAACAAAAAUCUUGUGAACAAUGCAAAUGUAAAGGGUGUAGGAAUCCUAGACAGAAAAGAUCCAAUAAUGAUGACAACUUUGAAAUGGAUAAAAUACGUCGGAAACCAGUAACCUUAGAAUUAGUAUCUUCACUUAAGCCUUCACAUAUUAAAAGCAAACCGGCAUUUAGUUCUUAUACAAUGCAUGAUAUGUUACAGCUUCCUUCUCACAGUCAAAAUUAUGAUCAAGGCGAGACCGAAGUCACUCUUGGACAUGUGAACUCUAUUUUCCAUUCUCCUUGAAUAACCAUCAUUGAACAUAAUUGAGCCGAACUAGUGUUAUAUGCUAUUUGAAAAUUAUUAAGUGGAACUAGUGUUGUAUGCUGUUUGAAGAUUAUUUAGUGGUGUUGUAUACUAUGAAUAACAGAUGUUACCUGCAUCUUAAAUGAUUACUAUAAUUGACUCUUGGUACCUUAAAUACUUUUUUUUCUUUUUAUAUUAGCACAUUAUGCUUCAUUGCAUUUUCAUAAAUAUUUAAAGGUUAUUUUAAAAUCUUUAAAAUAAAUCGAAUAUCCAACAUUCUUAUUUAAGUGUCUUAUCGAGAGUCUUUAUUUCAAAUAGUAUGAUGGAAAAAAUAUUUUAUAUUAUUCAUUAUAAUUUAUAAUUAGUAAAGUUAACUUUUAAUAAAAUUAUUUAAAUUGCUGGAUAGUAUAUACCAAAAAAUACAUAAUUAACAAUUAAAUAAAAUCCUUAAAGUCUAGAUAAUAAUUAUACUAUAUUACUUAACUAUUUACUAUAGGAUAUAAAGUGUAGCAUACUAUACUGAUAUAUUAUCUGUAUAUGGGAAGAUACAAUACCUGUAUCACCUUUAAGUAUGACCAAUAAUAUACUUAUAGAUUGAUUGAUUUACUUAAAAUAUUACUUAUUAGUUAACUGUUAAAUUAGUAGUUGGUACAAAAUUAUAGUUAAUGAUUUCUUUGUGUUGAAAACAUAAAAUUCCUUAAUCUAUAUACUGUUCAAGUUAAGAACCAUACUCAGCUUCCAACUUGUGCACAUGGGCAUGGCAUUACUACACAACCGGUGUACAGAUGUUUGACUCUAUGAAGGUAACAAACUGGUGCUGCCUGAUGAAAAUCAGUCAUCACCUAGUAUAUAUCUUAAUUUGAAUAGAGUAUGGAUAAUCAUUAAUUAAUUUAAAGUAUUAUAUUAUAAUUACAUAUUUUUAGAUAUUAUUUAGGUGUUGGAACUAAUAUAAAAUUAAUUUUUAAGUUCAUAUUCAGAUAAUGUAUAUUUUACUACUAUUAUAAUUUUUUGUGUCACUAUUAUUAGUAAAAUUAAUUUACAAAUUGAAUUAUUUCCAUAAUUAUUUGAAGUUUUGUUUUACACUUAAAGUUAAGAUAACUUUGUAAAUUGUUAACUAGUCAUUAGUAAUUAAAAAUAUUAUAUUGUACGUUACGUUUACAAUAUGUUAUUUUAAGUAUUGUUCCAUUAUUUUAACUCAUAAAAUACAUUUACAGAUAUUUAAAAUAAGACUAUGCAAUUGUAUUGUUUUAUACUUGAAAAAAAUGUCAUAAAAUAUUCAGAAAGAUGUUAUAGAAUUUUUAUCAUCUAUUAGAUACAAAAUAAAAAUUAUAACUACAUUAUAAUAGUAAAUAUAUUUUAAUACUGUAUACCUAUUGAUAGUAUUUAGCUCAUUCAGAUAUUUUGUAAUUUAAUUAUAAUACAAAAACUUAAAAUAAUCGUGUCCCUAUAUGUAUAAAUAAUUUUAUGUCCUGAUAAUUUCUACAUUACUUGAUGGGUCUUAAUUGAUAUUACCCGUAGUAAAUACUGAAAUAUUAAUUUGAGAUCUAUUUCUUUAUUGUUAAAAUGAAUAUAUUAUUAUUUUUCCUAUGAAAAUAAUUAAACUGUUGAUAUAUUUAUUUAAAUAAUAACUUCUUAUUACUAUAAUUUUAAGUUGUCAAAUAAAAUAUGUGUAUCGCGUAUAAAUAACUAUUGUACAAUGUCAAAAAAUAAAGUUCUAUUAAUAUCAUAUUAACAUGUAUACCUAUUUACAAAGUAUUUUUUAUAGAAGUAAUCUAGUAAUUAUUUAUAUGCUUUACAUUUUGUAUAUAUUUAUAAACAGUAAAUUCCCAUUACAACAAAUACCAGUAAAACGAAAUUUCCAUUAUAACGAAAAAAAAUUCGGUCCCCUGGAGUUCGUUGUAACGGGAUUUUACUGUAUAUAUAUAUAUAUAGUUUUAGUCAUCAAAUUACAAAAGUAAAAACAUAUUACUUAAAGAGAUUAAUAAAAUUAAUGAACAAAUCGUA